AUGGCGGCCACUUCCUCCUUUUUCAUCGCCUCGAUAGGCAACCCGGGGCAAACAUACUAUAACACUCUCCAUAGCGCCGGCCAUAUCCUUCUCCGUUCCUUUGCAGAACUCAUGAACGCAGGCCCAUUUCAUCCCGACCCAACCCUCAGCAACGGCCUAACGACCGAAACAUACCUCCCCAAGACCCGCAGUCGUUUAACAUUAUGGCAAUCGCCGAGCUACAUGAACACAUCAGGCCCAUCUUUAGCAAGGGCAUAUAAAUUAUGGCUUGCAAGAGAGAAUUUGGCGUCCGAUAUACCCAUUCCACCCCCGGAUAUCGGAAAGAAAAAGGCAAGAGGGAUGCAACCAAUGGUACAUGUUCGCGCGACGAAUUUAAUAUUAUUGCACGAUGAACUGGAGCGGUCGUACGGGAACCUCUAUAUUCGAUAUGGUGGGCCGGAAAUGAGCUCAAGAGGACAUAAUGGGAUUAAGAGUGUGGUAGAGAGUUUAGUCAAAGCUAGACUGCUUUCUUCCGGCUGUGGUGCCUUGUCGUCGACGAAUCCUACAGCCUUGAUAAGGCUGGCUAUCGGAGUUGGCAGGCCUAUGUCUCGUGAGCGAGACGCGGUGUCGGAUUAUUUGUUGAAAUCGAUAUCCAAAGGUCAGCAUGACGCCAUAGCUGCGAAGGGAAUUGACUUGCGACAACUUUUGGAAAGGGAGAUAUCACGAAUUCAAAAGGCGAUGAAACCUAUUGAACCCCCGGUAGCACCGGCUACUCCGGGUGGGGUAUAA